GCCUUUGCCAGUCUCCUCUCGUGUCUGCUUUGUUAAGUUCCAUGACCCAGACUCAGCAGUUGUGGCACAGCAUCUGACAAACACUGUGUUCGUUGACAGAGCUUUGAUAGUCGUACCAUAUGCUGAAGGUUUGUGCUUUGUUUCACUACCUACGUGGGCACCCCUACCUGGCCAUCGGCCACAGUGUAGGUGUAGAGUAAGCAUCACUAGCUUGUUAAACUCUGAGCAUUCAUUUGAAACCCUUGUUAUACUGCACUCCAUAAUUCUUACCUGGAGAUUUUUUUUCUUACUCUAAAACUUAGAAAUCAAGUCUGCUUUAUAAGGUAAUUAACUUUUUUGCUGUCUUUAAAAUGUUUUAUGUUUAUUAAAACCAAAUUCCUAAUUAAGACUCUGAGAUAUGUUAAUGUUAAGUCCCAAAGGUAAAGAAUUAUACCAUGUCACUCUUACACAGAAAUCUUCAAAUAAAUGCAUGAUGUUUUUGUUGUAAAUCAAUAGCUAAGUCAGUUUACUUCCUUGAUUCUCUCACUCAAAACAAAAACCCCACAUGAAUUCCAGUAUACCAAGGGUUACAAUAAUUUUAGUUUUGGAAAAGUUUAAGAUUUCCUAUAGUUUAGGUGCCAGAUGGGCACUGGGUGUAUGUUUUUAUGCCAGAUUUUCUUGUUCUUGUUAUAUUUUCUAGAAUAUCUCAAAAUAAUGAACUCUUCUCUCUGUUGUGUGUGUGACUUUUGUAGUGGAGAAGGCACAUGCAAACCUCCCAGAUGGCUGGACACAGUGGGUGCUCUGCAGCUGCAGGCUCUAGACACUAACUAAACCAGCGAGCACUCGAGCCCCCAAGUGUUUUCCUGCUGUCACCAUUUCUUAACUGCAUUUUCUCUCUUUUUACAUUUUAGGCUGUUAAAGUAAUUUGACAGAAAAAAAAAAAAUGAGCAGGUUUUUGGAUCUAAAAAAGCCACUCUGACAGGACGGCACUAUUUUAAUGCCAUUUUGUAAAACUUUUCUAAGGCAUAUUUUACAUUAGCUUGUUCCCAGUGAACUGCUGUUUGGUUUGUUUUUGGUAAUUAUAAAUCUUUAAUGGGGAAAUCAUUGCUAUGACAUGUUACUGAAUUUUAACUUAAUAACUUAAUAUACUGUCCAGGAUCUACAUGCUUUCCCCUUCUUCAAUAAACUGGUCAGUGGAAGCAGUAUCUUAUAAUUGUUGCUUUUUAGAUGCUUCUUAGAUAAUUGAAGACAAAUGUGAAGAUUUGCCAUCAUAGCUGUGCAAGUUGAAAAAUGUCUAUCAUAGAGAAUUGCCUCUGGUUUUUAUAAGGAAAUUAUAUUCAGAGAUGAGUUAUGGCAUGCUAUUUUGGUAACUGUAUCUAUCACCAAGGUGUUAAAAUAUGUGAGAUGUGAGGCUAGUAACAAUAUUUCUAUGAAAGAAAAGACAGAAGCUGAUUUAGUAUAUUUUGGAUAAGCAAUUCCUAUUAUUUCAGUGUGCCUCUUAUAAGACUUAACCACCACCUUAAACCAACAGAGAACUUACAGAACUCAGUUCAGGAUGAGUAAAGUAGACAGUAGGUCUUGAAACGGUCAUGCCAUGUGAGUAAUGUGCAGAGAACUUCAGUUAGCCAUAAAUGUAAUGAGCCUGGGAUGCAAUAUAGCAUAUCAUAUAACUGGGUUUUUAUAACUAUUUAAGCCAUAGACAUUUUUGUAGAUGUGUUUUUGAAAGUGAGGUUUUUGGGAGUAUGUAUAGAGCUAUAGAAAUGCUUAGUUCAGAAAUCUGUUUUUGCUACUUUUAAUUUGUGGUAUGAUGUGCUGUAUUAAUGUUACCUCCACAAGUAAACUGAUGUGUUCGAUCCCUUUGUUGCCAUUCACUCUGGUUUUAGCCCUUAACAAACACUUUGGUGUUGACUCUUGGUCAGUGUGUUAGAACAAUAGACCAAAGGUAUACGGUAAGAAUAGUCUUACUUGGUAAAAUGUAGAGAUAGCUGGAUAUGGAAGGUGCUCUUAAUAGUAAUGGAUUUGGGGGCAUCUAGGUUCCUUGGUUAAUGUUUGUUUCUUUUGUCUGUUUCUUUUUCUUUCAUUUCUACACAUUCAUGCAGUAUUUCAUGGUUCUAUCAAAGCAGCAGUAAAAAAAUACUCUUGACGCAUGAGAAUUAACUGGUGAGGGGCCUCAUUGCUAUUUUUAAAUUGUAGUUUUAUUUUUAGUCCUUUUUAAAUCAGAGGAUCAGAUGCAUGACUUUUUUAAUGGAUGCAGAUCUUCUCUCAGGUGUCUCACAAUAAAUUCAAGAGGAUUUUAGUUUGCCAGAAAUGUUGCAAAUGCACUAAUUUGAGUAAGAUGUUGAUACUUAGUAUAUCCUCUUGAGACAUAAUUUUGCAUGCAAAAUUAUCCCUUAAUCUUUGUAGGUUUGUUAAUAUUAAUGCAUUAAUGCCCUAUAUCCAAAUGAUCUUCUCCCCUUCCCUCCAUAACUCUUGGUAUCUAAAUUGAUGACAGCUCUGACACAAGCAAGAUAGCAGUGCUGUGUAGUAUACAUUUGUUUAUAUUAUCGGCACUUCUCAGUGUAGGUGGAAGGAACCAUUACCUUUAUUUAACAGUGGUUUUUCUUUUUUGUUGUUGUGUUUUACAGUUCUUUUCCCUGGUUCAGCCUGAACUAUAUACCAGGCCCUGCUGAAAAUACCACCCAACAGUUUUCUUCUGCAGCUUAUCCAGUUUCUCUUAAGUGCCCUGUACAUAUUGUAUGUUUUAUAAUGAGAUGCAGUUUCUUAAUAUGUAUUACAGAAAUACUACUGGUAUUUGCAAAUAUGUAGUUUAAUUGUAUUAUUGAACUCUCACUUUGGGGGCUUGGGCACAUUAACAGAUUAAUCCAUCUGUAUAGGGCUUUUGCUGUUGGAUAGAAUUUAAAUUGUCUACAUAAAUUGUCUUAGGACCUUUAAAUUUUAUCUGAAUACACAGAUUAGGCUUUAAAAGCAGGCAUACAUGUUGUGUUGGGCUUAAGGAGUUUUGAACAAGUUAGAUAUUAAACUGACACUACCUAGCAACAUUUUUUGAUAUGGUUAGCAUGGCACAUAUUGGAACCUAAAGCAUUUAACUGUACAGGUAAGGAAUGUGCCAUGUUUUACCCACUCCCUCUCCCUCCCCCCUCCCUCCUUCCCUUUCCUUCUCCCUCUCUUCUUCUCCUCUCUCUCUCUCUCUCUCUCUCUCUCUCUCUCUCUCUCUCUCUCCCCCCUUCCCUCUCUCCCUCACUCUGCACCUCCCUUACUUCCUCCUCUUCUUCCCACUCCCCCUACACACAUUUCCCCUGUGUAUUCAGAGACCUUCAGAAACAUUCAUAUUCAUGUCAUGAGUCAGCAAAAGCCCUACUCUUGAUUCCAACAGAAUAUUUCCUUUACAUACUUUCCUUCUUUAAUUUUUACAAAAUUUGUAUGGUAGGUGUAAAGAAAAUCAUAGUAACUGUACCAUAUUAUUAACCCCUAAAUCAAACUUUUUUUGUCUUGUGUAUCUUGAUUUUUCUGUGUGCUUUAUAGUGAAGCAGCCGACACGAGUCGUUGUUCAUAAAACAGCUUUUGAAAGUUGAGAGCACACCCCUGGAGAACCGACUGUGCUUGCUUACGUUUGGUUCAUGACUUAAAAAUCGAGUACAGGAGUUAUUCCUGAUGAGACUAAGGCUUUGUCACUAUUGGCACCAGCUAAUGCAGUGGCAGGUCUUCUGCCUGGUGGUGGACUCCUGCCUACGCCCAACCCACUUACCCAGAUUGGCGCUGUUCCCCUGGCUGCAUUGGGAGCUCCAGCUCUUGAUCCCGCCCUUGCUGCUCUUGGGCUUCCGGGAACAAACUUGAACUCGCAGUCUCUUGCUGCAGACCAGCUGUUGAAGCUUAUGAGUACCGUUGAUCCCAAAUUGAAUCAUGUGGCUGCUGGUCUUGUUUCACCAAGUCUGAAAUCAGACACCUCUAGUAAAGAAAUAGAGGAAGCCAUGAAGAGGGUGCGUGAGGCCCAGUCCCUGAUUUCUGCAGCUAUUGAGCCAGACAAGAAAGAAGAAAAGAGAAGACAUUCGAGAUCAAGGUCGCGCUCAAGGAGGAGGAGGACCCCCUCAUCCUCCAGACACAGGCGGUCACGAAGCCGAUCAAGGAGGCGGUCACACUCCAAGUCCAGAAGUAGAAGGAGAUCCAAAAGUCCAAGACGGAGAAGAUCUCAUUCCAGAGAGAGGGGUAGAAGGUCAAGGAGCACGUCCAAAGCCAGAGACAAAAAGAAAGAAGAUAAAGAAAAGAAACGAUCCAAAACCCCACCAAAAAGCUACAGUACAGCCAGACGCUCUCGAAGUGCAAGCAGUUUCCACGUUUGUGAUUCUAGGGAGAGGCGGCGGCGGCGAAGCAGGAGUGGUACAAGGUCUCCUAAAAAGCCCAGGUCUCCUAAAAGAAAGCUGUCCCGCUCACCAUCCCCAAGGAGACAUAAAAAAGAGAAGAAGAAAGAUAAGGACAAAGAAAGAAGCAGAGAUGAAAGGGAACGAUCAACAAGUAAGAAGAAGAGAAGCAAAGACAAGGAGAAGGAGCGAGAAAGGAAGUCUGAGAGCGACAAAGACGUCAAACAGGUGACGCGAGAUUAUGAUGAAGAGGAGCAGGGCUAUGACAGCGAGAAGGAGAAGAAAGAGGAGAAGAGACCAACAGAAGCAAUGUCCCCUAAAACAAAGGAGUGCUCUGUUGAGAAGGGGGUGGGCGACCUGCGAGAGUCCAAAGUAAAUGGGGAUGACCACCAUGAAGAAGACAUGGAUAUGAGUGACUGAGUCCCUCCCUGAAGCUGGCUGCAAAUGGGCCUCGUUAUCAGUCCUGGUGAUAACUAAUGCUGUGUGUGUUCAUCUCACCUAGGUGUAUACAGCUGCACAUUACCAGUGGUUGCAGAACACCCAAUUGUGACCUCUAGUUCUUUACAGCAAAAGCUUUUAGAAAGUGGUACCUGGGUGACCAGCACUGCCAUGGUGAUAUCCAUUUGCGUGACCAAGCAGCUGUGCAACUGCUGCUCCUAACACAAAUGAACAGCUGCAUGCAUCUCCAGCAGGCAUGGAUUGUCUGUCGUAUGAGCCUCAGUGCGUUCACUUAGAGUAUUUCUAGAGUUUGAGUCCUUGCCGUGAUAGAGCCAUGUAGGGAAUGCACUGAUUGCAUGUUACCCCAAAUGUCAUGAAACCCUCCAACAUGGUGACCUAGUUAAUGGUCUUAUUUGUUGACAUGACAAAUUAACAUUCUUAGAGUUACAUCUGGAAACAAGCAUUUGUGAUAGAUAAGCCUUUUGAGCCUUGUGGCUAAAUUUUUGUGGCUUUGUUUAACUUUCAAAGGUUAUAUAUGCACUAACCUUUUUUGAUGGCUAAGUAGGCUUUAAAUUACAGAAAAUUCAAAUAAAACUGGCUGUAAAAAUAUGUUUUGAAUUAGAGUUGUUCACAUUUCCAUAGCUACUUAGUUUUUUUUCCAAUAAUUUAUUUCACAUCUCUACCAGUGAACGCAACCUGCUUAUCCAGCCCAUCACUAAGAAAAUAACCUCGUCCUGAUUUUCAGUUUUCAACUUUUGUUUAGUUUUAAAGCUCACUGUUGAACAAGAGGUGGUGGUGCAUUUUAAAUUGACCUUCAUGUGCUUUUAAAAUAUGACAAAUCUUGAUAAUGUACUUUUAUUUGAUCUCAAGUUGUACAAAACCAAUAAACUUGUGUUACUUUGAUUGCAGUAGUAUCUUAUGCACAGUGAUUCCAUGUUAUAUGCAGAUUAGGUAGGUAACUGUUUUCUUAGUUACAGGAGUUAAAAGCUUGACUUUUGUGCAUUAAAAGACAAAAGUAGGCUACCGUCUGUGCCAUGUUGAUGUACAGUUUCUGAAAUUGUUUUACAGGACUUUGAUAAUAAAACCCUUAAACUCACAA